UUCCCAUUUAUUUCCGGGUCAAACUCUGACCUCCUUAUAAUGGCUGCCGUGUUUGGAUCGGCGAAGUAAUGCAUGUUAGGCUAUUUGGACUUUGAAGUCUAGCGAGUACAUUUGUAAAGAUUGGAUUGGCAGAUUUCCCUUUUUUUAAAAACAGUAUUAACAGCGCACCUGAGGGAGAGUCACCAUGUCACUCUAUGACGAUUUAGACCCAAAGGAAGAAUUGGGCAGUGGGAAAAUUACAAAGUCAUCAGUUGUCCCCGGAUGGUCUCCAGGCUACAAACUGCUGGCCUCGACGUUACAGGCAAAGAAAGCUUCAAUCCUUCAGCCUAAGCGUCAGCGGGCCAGUCAGCUAGCUCCGGUCGUUGACCUCAAGCGUCAUGUGGAUGUGGACGCACCCCUACAGUUUAACAUGCAAACUGGCAAGCUGGAAAAGGUGAACCCUCCGGUGAUCCAGCCCCAGGCCUCCAUCGCUGUGGCGCCUGUCACGCCCUCCGCUCCCUCCCCCUUCACAAUGUCGGAGCCCACCCCGUCCAUCACAGGGGUCGCGGACGAGUACGACCCAUUCCGCCCCAACGAGUACGACGAGGUGGUGAAGAAGAUGAAGGAGGAGAAGGAGCGAGAGAGGGAGAAGGACAGGAGGAGGGACGACAGACGAGACAGAGAUAGGGGCAGAGACGAUCGGCGGGAUGAUAGGAGGGACGACCGGGACAACAGGAGACGAGAUAGAGACAGAAACGAUGGCGAGGAAUCCGAGAUGGAAAGGAUGAGGAAGAGAAGAGCCGAAGAGGGAGAGGAGGAAGAAAUCGACAGAUCGAAAAAAAGCGGUGGAGCGGCCAUUGCACCCCCUACGGCUUUGCUGGAAGAGGCGCCAGUGAAUCCUGAUGAAAGAGCAAAAUCCCCCCCAAAUAUGGGCAUGGCCAUGAUGGGCUCGGUGGCCUCCAAGAUCAUGGCCAAGUACGGCUACAAGGAGGGCCAGGGUCUGGGCAAGUCGGAGCAGGGUAUGAGCACAGCGCUCUACGUGGAGAAAACCAGCAAGAGAGGGGGCAAGAUCAUCCACGAGAAAGACAUUCCCAAAGAACUGCCAGCUGCUCAAGAACCAGCGCCGUCCAACACAAACAUGCUGAAAAGUCCCUCCAAAGUUAUUAUGUUGCUGAACAUGGUGGGCCCGGGGGAGGUGGACGAGGAGCUGGAGCCUGAGACGGCCGAGGAGUGCACCAAGUACGGAAAGGUCAACAAGUGUGUCAUAUUUGAGAUUCCCGGUGCCCCAGACGAUGAAUGUGUGCGGAUUUUUGUGGAAUUUGAGAGAAUAGAGUCUGCAAUUAAAGCUCUUGUGGACCUGAAUGGCAGAUUUUUCGGAGGCCGUGUGGUGAAAGCGUGUUUUUACAAUCUGGACAAAUUUCGAAGGAUGGAUUAUAGCAGUUGUGUAGAAUAAGGGACAAACUUCUAGUGUAGAAUAAGGCUCAAAGUUCUACACUCCUUCCUCAUAGUCGCUCGCCAUGUGUUUGAAUUUUCUAUGUCCAUGCAUUCAUUGUACAUAAACAUUAAAAUAUAUUCAAAUGA